AUGUCCAGAGCCCUGGGUUCAGAGAGCAGACAGCGGGAGCCGGUGGUGCGUGUGUUCAGUGCCGUGACGGGGGAGACCCUCUCAGUCUUGGGCACUGUGUUUCUCCUGAGUACGUCUGUGGCCAGGCUCAUGACCCUGGUGUCCCAGCAGUGUGGGCUUCCCGUCAGCUCCUUCAGACUGAGCUCUCCCACCGGCCUGCAACUCUGCGACUGCAACCGGCUGCACGACUACGCCAUUGACCUUGGCGCUACUCUACGGUUGGACACCUGGGAUGGGUGGGCGGAGUUCCUCAGAGGCUGCUUCCUGGGACACAGACUGACCGUCCAACGACACCUGUCUAGAGAGAGACCUGUGAUGAGGUUCCAGCUCCGGGUGGCACUCUACAUCGCUGCUUCUAUGGGCCACCUGGACCUGGCCGGCUGGCUGCUGGAGAGGGGGGUGCGUGUCAUUGAGCCGGUGGGGGUUCACCCUUACCGUGAGUGGUGCCACCAGACGGCCCACCCCGACGUCGCCAAGUGUCCCGCUGUCGCCUCCAUCGAGCGCGGCCAGCUCACCAUCCUCAAACUCUUUAUCGCCAGCAGCGUUCUGACCCUUGCCUGUCGGGAUCCCCACGGUCGUGACCCCCUGAGGAUCACCCUUCAGUACAGCCACAGGGAGUGUGUGAGUCACCUGGCCACCAAGCUGUGCUCUGUGGUGGUCCUCCCAGGUAUGGCCCUGCCCAUGCGGACAUACCUCCAGAUAAAGGGCUGGGUUAGGCUGGGGCAGAGGAGGGCAGCAUCCAGGCACUGCAUGGGCCUCAACAGGGCUCCGUUCAGGACCAGGGUGGGCGACACGGUCCUGGUAGACGGCUUCACCUUCCCCAAGAUGUCCUCCAAGCCCAGGAGGAGUGAGGCCAAGGCGGGUAUCAGGGUGAUGUCCACAGCCUCUCGACGUUUGACCCCCAUCAACUGCCCAUCUCAUGUAUCCUGCCCGCUCCGUGCCCUGGCAUCCCAGGAUUAACCUCUUCAACUACCGAAGCUACACCCUGUGGCCACGAGCGAUGAAAGAGAGAAGAAGAGGGGAUGUGGAAGGAAGGAAUGUGAGGAGGAUGAGAUUGGGGAUCAGAACAGCAACCAAUGGAGGAGCAGAGUUCCGCUACCGCCCAUUUCCA